AUGCGGGUUGACGACGAUCCGUCCAUUCUGGCCCACUUUGACUCUGCGAUGGAGGAUAAAGUUGAAUAUCCUCCAAACUGUUUACCAAUAGCAAGUACAAGUGGGAACAGUGAACUCGUGAAAAGGCUGAGGGUAAAUUCUGGUCAGCAGUCCCGUACAAGUGUCAAUACCAACGAUGAAUGCGGUCGCCCUGACCGAUACCGCGGCUUGAUCUCUCAUCUUUCCAAUACUCGCUUUCUUGCAAACAACAGCAAAGAUGUGCAGAUUUGGUUGGCGUGCUGUCUAGCGGACAUUCUUCGCGUUUUUGCUCCCAAUGUUCCUCUUGGAGAUCCUACACAAUUGAAGGAGGUGCUACUCUUCAUAGUCAAAACUCGAAAGUGCGUUGGAUCGCCGUCUAAUCCUUGUAUUUCGCCGCUACUCUACUUCGAAUCCGAGAGCUCUUCAAACCUCAACGGUAGUCAGGCAACGUUAGUAUUGUUCUGGGCUCCUCAUGACGAAUCCAGUCAAGUGAUUCGUUUGCUUCUCAAAACUGCUAUGGAAAUUGCUAACGGGAGAGACUGGAAGGGGGAAGUCCGUGAAACGUUGGAUGAUAACGCUUCUACUGAUGAUGAUGGAGAAGACAAGAGCGAAAGUCGAGACAAGGUUAUCGCUCUUCUAAUAGGAAUUAUCUCAAAGUUGCUGAGGGAUGUGGAUCAGGUCUCUACGGAAGUACUAGAUGUGUUGUUUUUCUAUCUUAUUAACCCGCAAAAGCUCAACAAUCGUGAAUCGUACAAUAUGGCUCGA